CUCUACACACUACCGAACCAAGCUGUUCGAGGUACUACUGACGCGGGCACGCACGGACCACUCUGUGCUUCAACCGAUAACUUUUUUAACCAAAAAAUUAUUUCCCCCCACCUCUCUCUCUCCAUCCAACUUUUUCGCACAUUCCACUGCGAUACAAGUCUUCGCUCUCUGCGUUUGACUUCUUUUCUGCUUUUUGAGUUCACUCGUAAAGUAGACUCGACAACAUGGAUGAGGCAGAGUUCGUGAGCCUCUUGGAGGGGCUGUUACAGCCCGAUACCGAGCGUGUCAAGGCUGCCACUGCCAACCUGAACAAGAACUACUAUACCUCGCCGGCGUCCCUCAACGCUCUCCUCCAGAUCGUCUGCAACCACGCAAAACCUGAGUUGCGCCAACUCGCUGCGGUCGAGGCCCGCAAGUUGGUCACGAAGCACUGGGAGAAGCUUCCAGCCGAACAAAAGAAUGGACUACGAAACCAGAUUUUCCAGUUCACUUUGAAUGAGGAUCUCAGACUGACAAGACACUCGGCUGCGCGUGUCAUCGCCGCCAUUGCUGCUCAGGACUUUGAGGAUGGAGAGUGGGCGGAUCUGCCUGGCUACCUACAACAGGCGUCUACAAGCUCUACAGUCCGGCACAGGGAAGUCGGAACUUACAUCAUCUGGACCACCCUCGAGUCUGUUGGUGAUACAUUCCCUGGCAAGAUCAGUGACUUGUACACCCUGUUCAGCUCCACCAUCCAAGACCCCGAGAGCGCCGAGGUCAGGGUUAACACAAUGCUUGCAUUGAGCCGCCUCGCUAUGCUCCUUGAUCCCGAAGAGGACCCCAAGUCUCUCGCUCAAUUCCAGGAUGCUAUCCCUGGCAUGGUCAACGUCCUCAAGGCUACCGUCGAUGAGGGUGAUGAGGAUAACGCCUUGCAGGCAUUCGAGGUGUUCCAAACCCUCCUUGGCUGCGAGUCGGCCUUGCUACAAAAGCACUUCGGUGAUCUCGUUAAAUUCAUGAUGGAGCUUGGCAGCACUACUUCUAUCGACGACGAUUAUCGAUCCCAAGCAUUGGCCUUCCUCAUGCAGUGCGUCCGUUACCGCAAGCUCAAGGUACAGAGCUUGAGGAUUGGAGAGGAGUUGACUCUCAAGGCCCUCGAAAUCGUCACUGAACUUGGCGACUUGUCCAGUGAUGACGAGGACGUUACACCUGCCAGGUCAGCUCUUGGACUGCUCGACAUUCUCGCCUCGAGCCUGCCCCCGAGCCAGGUCGUCAUUCCUUUGAUGAAGGCCCUUGGACAGUACUUCAACUCACAGAACCCAGACCACCGUCAAGCUGGUAUUCUUGCCCUUGGCAUGUGCGUUGAGGGUGCUCCGGACUUCAUCGCCACCCAGCUACACGAGAUUCUGCCCAUGGUUCUUCACCUUCUCGAGGAUCCUGAGCUCAAGGUCAGGGCCGCUGCUUUGAACGGUGUUGCUCGUUUGGCGGACGAUCUGGCUGAAGAUGUUGGCAAGGAGCAUGCCCGCGUCAUUCCCGCUAUCAUGAAGAAUUACGAUUUGGCUGUCAACAACCUUCAAUCCGCAGAUGAUGAGCGCAACCUGCAGAUCAUCCGAGGCAGCUGCCAUGCCAUUGACUCUCUCAUUGAAGGUCUUGAGUCUGAGGAAGCUGCUCAGUAUGUCGGCGAACUUGUACCCCGCUUCAGCAAGUUCUUCCACCAUGAUGACUUCAAGUGCAAGGGCGCAGCUAUCGGUGCUGUCGGUUCUAUUGCAUCGGCUGCCGAAGAGUCCUUCCUUCCUUACUUUGAAUCCACCAUGAACUCGCUCUCCCCAUAUGUCAGGAUCAAGGACAGCCAAGAUGACCUCGAACUCCGUGGCGUCGUGUGCGAUUCGAUGGGCAAGAUUGCUUCCGCUGUCGGUGCUCAGCCCUUUGAGCCCUAUGUGUUGCCUCUCAUGGAGGCUUCCGAAGAGGCACUGCAUUUAGACCACCCUCGCCUCCGUGAGACCAGCUACAUUCUCUGGAGCACAAUGGCCAAGGUCUAUGAGGAACAGUUCGCAAAGUACCUCCCCGGCGCUGUCAAAGGUCUCCAGGACUGCUUAGAGCAGGACGAGACUGACCUGGAGGUUGCUUUGGGCGCCGAUGCUGCCGACCUUCUUGGAUCCGAGGUUGUCGUUGAAGGCAAGAAGAUCAAGGUUGCUGCCGCAACUGAUGACGAUGACAGCGAUCUCAACGAGGCUGCCAUGGAUGAUGAGGGCUGGGAUGACAUUGAAGGUGUCACCGCCAUUGCCAUGGAAAAGGAGAUCGCGGCCGAGGUGUACGGUGACAUCAUCACUCACACUCGCCGUGAAUAUCUCCCUUACCUCGAGAGCACGGUAACCAAGUUGCUUGAGCUCGUUGAGCACUCCUAUGAGGGCAUCCGUAAGGCUGCUAUUGGUACUCUAUGGCGCACCUAUGCCUGCAUUUGGGGCAUGGCAGAGGGCGACGGAAUGGCCAAAUGGACACCCGGCUUGCCUCUCCAGACCGAACCCCCACAUGAGUUGAAGAAGCUGGGUAACCUCGUCAUUACUGCCACUUUGGCUAUCUGGCAGGAUGAGAUGGACCGGGGUACUGUUACGGACAUCAACCGUGAUGUUGCUGCUACUCUCAAGCUGUGUGGACCUGCGGUUUUGAUUACCGAUCAAGGAACCGCUGUUCCUCAAAUCUGCCAGCAGCUACUAUCAGUCAUCACUAAGCGUCACCCCUGCCAGCAGGAUCUCGGUGACGAGGGUGAUGAUGAAGAUGUUCUUGACGAGUCGUCUGAAUACGACUGGCUGGUUAUCGAGACUGCCAUGGAGGCUGUGACAUGCCUCGCCGUUGCUCUCGGCCCCGCCUUUGGUGAGCUCUGGAAGAUGUUCGAGAAACCAAUCGUCAAGUAUGCCAGCAGCCAGGAGUCCACUGAGCGUAGUGCUGCCGUGGGUACCAUUGCCGAGUGCAUUGGCAACAUGGGCGAGGCAUGCACACCCUACACUACCUCUUCGCUGAAGCUUCUUCUUCAUCGUCUCUCCGACGAGGACCCAGAGACCAAGUCUAACGCUGUUUACGGCAUUGGCCUUCUCUGUGAGAAGACCACCAAUGAUGCUGAGAUCUUGAAGUCUCUCCAAACCAUCUUCUCCAAGAUCGAGCCCCUGCUCGAUGCUCAAAAUGAGGCUCGCCUGCUCGACAACACCGCUGGAUGCGUGAGCCGAAUGACAUCGAAGUACCCUGAUAAGAUUCCCAUCGGAGAGGUUCUCCCUCGGCUCGUCCAGCUUCUCCCCCUUCGCGAGGAUUACGAGGAGAACAAGCCCAUCUUCAGCAUGAUUGUAAAGCUUUACCAGGCCAACGAGCCCACCAUCCAGCAGUUGACUCCUCAGUUGAUGACGGUCUUCGAGAAGGUCCUCGGCCCACCCGAGGAGCAACUCGAGGAAGAGACCAGGUCGCAGGUCGUUGAGCUUGUGAAGUAUUUGCAAAAGUAGAAAGAUUGAGCGAGGUUUUAUCUAUAUGACGGUCGGAUUUUCUG